ACCACGUUUUCAGCCGCCUGUGCAUGCAUAAAUCCUCGCCGAAUCUGUAGAGCCGUUACUGUCUUGUAAUCUUCUCGAUGGGUGGUUUUCCGGUGAUGCCUUUCGUCCUUCUUCUCCUCCUCCUGAGCGGUUUUCCGGCGAGCUCGGCCUUACUGCCUCCUGGUGCUGAGAAGGGAUUGUGGCGGUCUUCCAGCUACCGUGGAAGUUCUAGAAAGAUGGUUGCCGGCACCAACAUAGAGGUUUCCGGCAACUCGAGCGGUUUUAAAAAGUAUCAACCAGUUCCCGGUGAGGAGAGGCCAAGGUUUCGGAGACUGCGAGGAGGCUUCAGGGACGGGCCGCCAUCGCCAGUUUGGAACAGACACAGAUCGUUUAACUCAAAAGCACCUCCUCCACUAAUAGCUUAAUGGAUGUUUUAAUAUCAUUUAUCCAAGACUUCAAUUGCUUUUCAAGAUCAAUAGAAUAAAAAAACAGGAAGCCUCUUUCUUUCAUUU